AUGGCGAAGAAGCAGUUGGAGGUGUGGAUCCUCAUGCUCGCUCUGGGCGCGCUGGCCUGCUUCGACGAGGCCCAGCUGAUCGAUUGCCCCAAGGAGUGCGGCAGGGGUGCCGACGUUAUGGAGUGCCCCAAUAACCUCUGCUGCAACGAGGACGGGCGCUGCGGCAUCGGCAACAAAUACUGCGACACCGGUUGUCAAAACGGUGCCUGUUACAAUAGCUUGCGCUGCGACAGCAACGGUGAGUGCCCUAACAACUUCUGCUGCAGUGACUCUGGACUCUGCGGCCUCGGCAUUGAGUACUGUGGUGGCGAGUGCAAGAGUGGCCCCUGCAGAACCGGCGACAAGCCAUGUGUGCAGGCCCCUGAUGGUUCCUUCUCUUGUCCUAACAAGUACUGCUGCAGCGGUGAGGGUUUCUGUGGCCUCGGCAACGCCUACUGUGGUGUCGGUUGCAAGGGCGGCCCAUGCAUCAGCCCAUCCAUGUUCAACCCAGUCACCUGCUUAUUCUAG